GUUCUGGGUCGGACUCAGGAGAGGACGUGACAUCAGAACGUCAGAAGCAACUCAUCAAGGAGGAAUCGACUCGCGCGGUGCAUUUGGCUGCUGGGUUCCAUGUGGUUCCAGAUCUGUGGCAUGUGUCCGUGCAGUUUGCCGCGCAGACUUUGACAGUUGUACCGUGGCAGGGCAAAGACAAGUCGCGUUUCGAGGUUGCAACUGGUUCCCCAUUCGAAGGCCCAAGGCUUCCCUUGGGACAGUUGGUGCAUUACAGGAUCCAUGACCCCAGCCGCAGGCAUAAGUUCGAAGCUACAACUGCUCCCGGACUAUUUGCAGGUUGGAGGUUUGAGCACGGAUUUGUGUAUCGUGACGUGAUCUGGGUGCUAGACUAUGAAGCCGUCAAGUCCAAGUCGAUUGGGUAUAGGGACAUGAUCCCCGUGCCAUAUGCGGAAGUGCAUGUCCCAGAGACUGAGACCUUCCCGCUAAAGGCCGCGGCGGAUCUUGCUCUUCGCGAGUUCCAGGAUCCCAAACUUGAGGCUAUCACAGCGCUGGACAUACCAUUCAGCUCACUGUCCCCUGCUGAUCCUCCUCGAAGGCGCGCAGAGUACAUUACGCUUGAACGCAUUCUUAAGUUCGGUGCCACACCAGGAUGCAAAGCGUGCACUUUCGAUUCCGUGAAGCAUAGUCCUAAAUGCCGAGCAAGAUUCGAUGCCCUGAUAAAGGCUGAUAGGAUUGCGUUGACGUCCAAGCCCCCUGAGCCAGUUCCUCCAGCUGAGCUCCCCGAAGGCGUUGGUCUCCACCCUUCGAGUGAGCCCGCUGUAGAAGGUCUUGUUGCGAAGGUCGAGCUCGGUGUGACGCAAGUCUUUGUCGAUGUCAACAGGGAAAGAGUCCGCCAAAGAAAGGUGCAAACGCUCAUAGGCAAGGAUGUGUUGUUCGAAUAUGCGUGUGGCGACAGUUCAGAGCUUUCGCAAGCUGCGUCCGAAAUUGGCAUCAACAGUAUCCGCUUAUGCCGAAGCAUGAUUGAUUUGUCCAACGAAGAACAUGUCAAACAAGUUCAAGGUCAGGUCGAAGCAUCGCCAGGUUGUGAUGUGUGGCUCUCAUUGCCGUGCACCGAGUUCAGUCCGUGGCAGAACAUGAACGUCCAUAGGCAUGGGGCGAAGUACGGAAAGGGUCUUCGGAAUCGCCAAGAGAAGAGCAAGCUUAUGUUCUUGUAUGCCCGCAAGGUACUCGCAACUGCCAUCGCAAAUCAUGGAAGGAUCGCAGUCGAGUGGCCCAAAGGGUCCGGCUGGUGGGAUCUCCCUGAAUGGAAAGAAUUUCAGGAUGAACAUGGUCUACACAAAGUGUCUUUUGAUGGCUGCAUGGCUGGAGUGAAGGGCCGAGAGCAUCCAAUCCGCAAGCCCUGGAGCGUAGCCACUAAUGAUCUGCGACUUGUUCAAUUUCUUGGACAACUGCAAUGUGACGGUAGCCACCAGCACGAGGCCGCCGAAGGCUCACAAACAAAGCAGACUGAAGCAUACCCACGAGAGCUCGCUCACAACAUCGUCGAAGCGUGGUAUCCGCAACGCUACCAUCGCCACAUCCCCUCCAUGGUCACGAAGAACUUAACAAAGCGGGAAUGGAAAGCAGACCCGCGCGGAGUUGCAGCCGUGAAGAAGGAGGCAGAAGGGUUACGUUCUAACGGAACGUGGGAUGAUUUGACAGUCUGUCUUUUGUCUUCCUUGCAUGCCGAUGCAAAACGGCAAAACCGUAAACUCAAAAUUGCAGAGCUUCUCACAUUAUGUGGGAUAAAACAUUUCGAACUCCCUGAGCAUGAACACAAGUUCAAAGGGAGAAUCGUGUACAGGGGGGACUGCAUUUUUGACCAGUUCGGAAACCAUGUUCUUUUUGAAGACGUGGCUACCACACCAACUUCCUUGGUUGCCCUUAACAUCGCAUUGUUUUUCGGCUGCCAAGAUGGAAACGCAGUGAGCCUUGCAGAUGCCAUUCAGGCAUUUCUUCAAGCUGACCUCGCUGAGGCAGGAGAGCCCGACACAUGGGUUAUCCUCCCCGAGGAGCUGUGGUUGGACACAUGGCACAAAGCGUACCCAUCAGGGUCGAAGUUGGUGGUAAGGUUGAAGCGAAGCUUAUAUGGCCAUCCGCUUGCUGGCAAACUAUGGCAGAAACACCUAGCCUCUGUUCUCACUUCCUUUGGUGGCAUUGAGAUGGAUUUGUUUCCUUCAAACUUCAUCUUUCAAAUGGGUUCCCAUACCCUGCUACUUAACGUGUAUGUAGAUGACCUAACGUUGUCGGGAGCAAAGCAUCUUCAUGCACAGUUUUGGAAAAGGCUGAGAGCGCAUAUCAAGCUGGAAGACGAAUGUUACAUCGAAGCCUCGAAUGCACGGAUCCUUGGCAGAGGUCACCGAAUCCAACGAGGUAGUGACUUCACAACUCUUGUGCUUGAUAUGUCUGCUUUCGCAGAGCAGGUCGUCGAGGCGUACUGCGAGCUUGCUGAUGUCCCAAAGGCAAAGCUCCGUAACGUCACAACCCCAAGUUUGUCCGAGGCGUUAAUGUCAGAUGAGGACCUGCAGCAACCCGGCACACUGAGCCAUGUAGCUGCAAAGGUACUUAUGAAAGCACUUUGGCUGGGUCGGUUGGCUCGCCCUGAUCUGUGUUUCAUAAUCGGUCGGUUAGCGUCACGAGUGGCCGCGUGGACUAAAUGGGAAGACAAGCAGUUACUUCGCCUGAUUUCGUAUCUUCACGGUACAACAGGCUUAUGUUUAGCUGCUACUGUGAACCAUCACGAAGCUCCCCAGAUCCACAUCUUCACUGACAGUGAUUUCGCCUCUUGUCCGCAUAGUGCAAAAUCGACGAGCGGGAUCUACAUGACUAUAGGGUCAACAGAUUUCCGCUUUCCGCUGUGGUGGGCAUCUAAGAAACAGACGAGUGUUGCAAGAAGCACUCCCGAGGCUGAGGCCAUAGCAAUGGCUUCCGCCAUGUUUGGUGAGGCUUUGAACAUUCAGGUCAUGAUGGAGCAUCUCCUCGGUCGUGCUAUCGACGUCGUAUUCCAUCAAGACAACGAGACCUUGCUCAAAGUCCUGGCUACAGGCUAUUCGGCGAAGCUGAGACACUGCAAUCGAGUCCACAGGGUCAACAUUGCAUCAAUGUCUGAACAGCUAGAGUCGCCACAAGUCACUGCCGUGUACUGCAAGAGCGAAUCUCAGAUAGCUAAUGGCCUAACAAAAGUCAUUCCACCUGCAGAAUGGCCACAUACUCUCGCACAGUUUGGCUUGACAGCAUCCAGCGAUGGACCCCACCUGGAAACUGCCGUCGCCGCACUUGCAGAGGCAAAUCUUGCCGCAGAAGUCUUCGCAGGCAGGCCGCCCCGGGACACCCUCGCGACGCUGUCCCGGGGUUUUGAUGUUUUUGCUAGGCUGUUGCAGGAGUUUCACGAAAGUCCUGGCGGCCUUCCGGCCCCGUCGCGAGGCCCGGCUUGGGCGAACUUUCUUGUUUGGGACUGGGAUGAGGAAGCGGAUGCAGCAGACGUCUGCGGACUCGACGCAGUGUCAUCUUACAGACCAGCCGUGCCUCAGAUCGUGGAUCGCUUGGAGUGCAUGGUCUUCCAUGUCGACUAUCAUGGCGUGCUGCCCAUGGACUACCCCAUGCGAGCUUGGAGCAUCGGUAUUGUCUUGAGCGUCUUGAGCUCCAAGAGGGGAAACGGAAGAGUGAAGAUUGAAGUCGUGGUCAUUUCGCAUCAGUGGGCUGGGCUUCACCACCCAGAGUUCAAGCAGUUCAGCGUCCUGCAGAAUGCACUGCUGAACCUUGCUUCCGGCAAGGCGCACAUGCAAAUGGACUCGGUGUCGGCCAUCAAUGGCUUCCACCUGUCCAUGCCCAGCCAGCAGGAGCAACUGGCCUGUCUGGAGUGGGACUUCUGGUAUGAUUACUUCGGCUGCCCUCAGAUGACUGGGACUGGAACUGCCUCACAGCAGAAGCUGCCUGACAUACAGGCCGUCGUGAACUCCAUUCCCGCAUACUGUGGCAUUGCAGAUUUUACUCUGGUGCUGGCUCCUGCCAUCAAGCACACAGACAGCGGUACUACCAUCAGCCAGCGCACGUGGAGCAACCGUGGAUGGUGCAGGCUUGAGAGGUGCGCCACAAAGUUUUCAGGAAACGAUAAGAGCCUUGUGGUGGUGUCGGCGCCAUCGAGGAUCUUGGUGACAGCCGGGCCUGACUGGAUCAAAGCUUGGCCAGCUGAAGGCAUCUUCUCCUUGGAGGAAGACCGUGAGGUUGUGCGGGCGGUCACGGGGCAACUGAUAGACAUGAAGUGCCAGAGCUUGUGGGAGCAGGGAGAGAAGGAGAAGUGGCGUUUCUACACAGCCCUGAUGCCAAAGGCGCGGGGUUUCCAAGGCUGCCAGUUCGGCGAAGAUGUGUCCGAGUUCUUGAAUAGAUAUCAGCUGGACACACCAAGCUGUGGUUGGACAGACCACACCUUGACCCCACUCAUCUUAGCAAGCGUCGAGGGGAAUCUGGACGUCAUGGUUCAGCUCCUAGAACAGAAUGCCGACGUCAAUCAAGCCAUUCCCUGGCACAUGCCGGAAGCUCACAUCAAUGGCCGCCACACGGCUCUGUCCAUGGCAGCCAUGCUGUCCACGCCCGAGGCCGUAAAGACACUCCUGUCCUGGGGUGCCUCCAUGGAGCGCGUCAAGAACAUGAACAACUCCUCGCUCCUGUCAAUCGCCGGCUACUUUGGCAACGCCCUCACCAUGAAGGUGCUCCUGGCGCACAAGGCCAACAUGGAUGUCCUGGAUGACGAAGGCAGCAACCCCCUCCACGUGGGGGCGUUUUCGCCCAAUCCGUGGGUUACCGAGGUCUUGCUGAAUUAUGGCGUGAAUCCCAACGCGGCGUACUGGGUCUACGCGUCGUAG